AUGGCGGCGAUGCCCAAGCCUGCGGACUCCAAGGGCGGCGGCAAGGCCACUGUCCUGCUGGGCGCCCAGUGGGGCGACGAGGGCAAGGGCAAGCUCGCCGACGUCCUCAGCACCCAGAUGGACGUCUGCGCCCGCUGCGCCGGAGGCAACAACGCCGGCCACACCAUCGUGGCCAACGUCAACGGCGUAAAGACCAAGUUUGACUUCCACCUGCUCCCCUCGGGCCUCGUCAACCCGCGCUGCGCCGGCUUCAUCGGCUCCGGCGUCGUCGUCCACGUCCCCUCGUUCUUCGAGGAGCUCGACAAGCUCGAGAAAAAGGGCCUCAACUGCGACGGCCGCCUCUUUAUCUCGGACCGCGCCCACCUCGUCUUCGACUUCCACCAGGUCGUCGAUGGCCUCAAGGAGGUCGAGCUCGGCGGCAGCAGCAUCGGCACCACCAAGAAGGGCAUCGGUCCGGCCUACUCGUCCAAGGCCUCGCGCUCCGGCCUCCGCGUCCACCACCUCUACGACCCGGAGCUCUUUGCCUCCAAGUUCCGCAAGCUGGUCGAGGGCCGCUUCAAGCGCUACGGCCACUUUGAGUACGACACCGAGGGCGAGAUUGCGCGCUACAAGGCCUUUGCCGAGCGCCUCCGCCCGCACAUUGUCGACGGCGUCACCUUCAUCCACACCGCCCUGUCGUCCAACCGGCGCGUGCUGGUCGAGGGCGCCAACGCCCUCAUGCUCGACAUCGACUUUGGCACGUACCCCUUUGUCACCAGCUCCUCGACCUCGAUUGGCGGCGUCUGCACCGGCCUGGGCAUCCCGCCCAACGCCAUCGGCGACGUCAUCGGCGUCAUGAAGGCCUACACGACCCGCGUCGGCAUGGGACCCUUCCCCACGGAGCUGACCGACGACAUCGGACACCACCUCCAGGAGGUCGGCGCCGAGUACGGCGUCACCACCGGACGCCGUCGCCGCUGCGGCUGGCUCGACCUGGUCAUGAUGCGCUACUCGUGCCUGAUCAACGGCUACACCAGCCUCAACCUGACAAAGCUCGACGUGCUCGACAACCUCAAGGAGCUCAAGGUGGCCGUCGGUUACACCGUCGACGGCAAGGAGCUCACCAGCUUCCCCGCCGACCUCGAGGUGCUGGCCAAGGUCGAGGUGCAGUACAAGACGCUGCCCGGCUGGGAGGGCGACAUCUCCAAGGCGACCACGUUUGACGAGCUGCCGCAGACCUGCCGCGACUAUGUCGACUUUAUCGAGAGCUUCCUCAGCGUCAAGAUUGAGUGGAUCGGCGUUGGCCCUGCGCGGGAGUCGAUGAUCCACCGCGCCUGA